GAUCAAAGCGACGCCAGCUGCCGCCAACAAUGAUCACCUCGCACAGUUCCGUCGCUUGCCAGACUAGUCCCAAGCGCUUCGCAUGCGUCCUUCCAUGUGCGCAAUAAGCCGUUACCGUCAUGAUGGCCGAAAAACGGUCAAGCGCUGCUUUCGAGGUGUCCUCCGGAACCGACCAACGAAAGUCCAGCUUCGAGAGGCGGCUCUCGCGGCGCGUCCCACCCAAGGGCAUCGAUCAAAACUGGGGCAUUGCGGCUGCAGCAGCCAUCGCGUCAUUUUUUAAUAUGGCGACGCAGAUAAACUCGGGCUUCUACUUUGUCGCCAUCAUGGACACAUUUGCCACUGACUACACUUCCGCCUCCUGGCCAGGAAGCGUGUUCACCAUAAUGACAUACUCGGGAAGCUGCUUUGUGGUGCUCCUACAAAAGUUUCUCACCGUGCACCAGAUAACUCUAUUUGGCAGCAUUCUGCUCUGGACGCCAUUGAUCGGCGCAGCCUUCUCUCCGAACGUCACAUGCAUGACAGUCACCCUCGGCGCACUGCACGGUGCCGGUGCAGGUAUUGUCCUCGUCAGCCUCAUGGUAAUACUGGGCACGCAUUUCGACAAGUACCUCGGUGCAGCCAGUGGUAUCCGCGACGCAGGAACUACGUUAUGCGCCUUCGCCUUUCCUUCGCUGCUCUCCUACCUUAGCGAAAACUACGGCCUACGUGGAACCCUGUUUAUUUACAGCGCUUUGUCCAUGCACGUCAUGGCAGUAGCAUUUUGGCUGUGGAUGCGAGCUAGGGUCGACAGAAAGAAUGAAGCUUGUCAUAGAGCGUCAUGCAAAAUCACUACUUAUCCUUCCAAAUAUUCCAGCUGGACUAUCGGAGCUCGUUCCUGA